AUGAUCAGUCCAAGGACCAAACUCAGGAUCCUGCUGGCUCCUCUGUUGGGUCCUCCGCUGGUUCCUCUGCCGGUUCCUCAGCUGGUUCCUCAGCUGGUUCCUCUGCUGGUUCCUCUGCUGGUUCAUCUACUGGUUCCUCUGCUGGUUCCUCUGCUGGUUCUUCUGCUGAUUCCUCUACUGGUUCCUCUACUGGGUCCUCUGCUGGUUCCUCUGCAGGUUCUGUUGGAUCAGCAGUCGGAGCUUCAACAGGGGUGA